UAAAAAAAAAAGAAAAAGCAAAGACAAAUAAAUAUAGAAAUAAAUAUCUCGAAGCCGCACGUGAGCGGCGGCGAGAGGACACGUGUUGGCGAAGGGUGUCAGAGGUAGCUAAACGGCGAACACGUGUCCAGAGCAUGCAAAAAUUGAAACAAAUUCCAGCUUGAAAUUUAGGGCCCAUCCCAGGGGUGGACCCCACCGAUGGACCCCACUUCCACCGUUUAGCUUCUUCUGAAUAGAAUACAUCACCCUCCCAACCAUCUUCUUCAACCCUUUCCCAACACUCUCCCCUUCUGCAACUACACCUCUCUCUCUCUCUCUCUCUCUCUCUCUCUCUCUCUCUCUCACACAUACACACACGCAUACGUGCGUGUUACCAGUGGAUUGAUCGAUACGAGCAGUUUCUAGCUUUUUCAGAACAAAAAUGGAGUAAAUGCACAAAUUCCAAACAGACAUUGCAGAUUGGAACUACAGAGAGAUUAUAGAAACUAUAAUGGCAGCUAAGCAAGAUUCUAGAAUGUUCGAUUCGCUAGAGGCGGCGAAUGCGAAUCAUAAUCACGAUGGAAAUGGAAACGGGAACGGCAAUCAGAACCCAAACCCUAGCAACGGUCAGACACUCCAACCACUAGGCAGACAAUCGUCGAUAUACUCGCUAACGCUAGACGAGUUCCAGCACACUCUUUCCGAGAACGGAAAGAAUUUCGGCUCAAUGAACAUGGACGAAUUCCUUAACAGUAUAUGGACAGCCGAAGAAAAUCAAAACCAAAACCAAAACCCAAAUCAAAACACGGCUGCCGCAAUAGCUACUGUUUCCGCCGCACAGUUUCCCAAUACGGCGGCGUCCCCUAACAAGGGGAUCAUCGCAAAACAGCCGAGCUUACAGGGGCAAGGAUCGCUGACGAUCCCGGAGCCCCUCUGCCGGAAAACAGUGGACGAAGUGUGGUCGGAGAUUCACAAGAAUCAGUUGACCAACAACGGCGGCAGCCACUGCCAAGUCCAAAACAACCCUAACGUGGCCCAGAAACAGGCCACGUUCGGAGAAAUGACUCUCGAAGAUUUCCUCGUCCGGGCGGGGAUAGUUCGGGAACAGCAUUUCGGUCUUCCACCAGCACCGCCGCCGCCGAUGGGAAUGUAUCAAAACAGCAGCCAUCCCGCCAUGGUUCCCGGUCCUAGCUUGGUUAUCCCGAGGCCCGUGAUUGCCAUGGGCAGCAAUGCCGGUGGCGUCAGUAACCUCGGGACUUACCACCAGCCACUUCGCCAGAAUGGCGUAGGAGAGGCAUCGGGUUGUGUUAUAGGGAUGAAAGGUGGGGUCGGCUAUGGACAGCCGCCGCCGGUUGUCACUUAUGAAGGGAGGGUCGGGAGUGGGGUGGGAGGGGGUUUCGGGCAAGUCACGGGAUUGGGAAUCGGGUCACCGGUAAGUCCGGUGCCGUCAGAAGGGCUGAGUGCUAACCAAGAUAACGCGAAUCAGUUUGGAUUGGACAUGAAUCCGGGAGCAAGGAAGCGGAUCAUAGAUGGUCCGGUGGAGAAAGUCGUGGAGAGGCGUCAGCGCAGAAUGAUCAAGAAUCGGGAGUCGGCUGCAAGAUCUAGGGCAAGGAAACAGGCUUACACCGUCGAACUCGAAGCAGAACUUAACCAACUAAGAGAGGAGAAUGCACAUCUAAAACAAACUCUGGUUGAGUUGGAGAGAAAAAGGAAGCAACAGCUGCAGUAUGAAGAAGCCAGAGCAAGGAAGCAGAAGCAAACAAAGGCUUACAGAAUGAAUGAAACAUUGCAGUCGAUAAGGAGGAGUAUGAGUUGCCCUUACUAACCAGUAAGCAACUGUACAUUGGAAAAUCGAUGUGUGGUGAAAGCCCCUCAUUCCUACCAAGCUGGAAAACCGAAAACCAGAAGGAUCAAUCGAUGCCCUGACGGUUUUUGAACUUUAGGCAAGAUGAGAUAUAUAUUACCUUAUGUUGAUAUUUUUUGCUCCUACAGAGCUCCAUCCUAUUUUAGCAGCCAUUAAAGACAUACAUGAUGGGGCACUUACUUGAUAAAGGCUGCAUUGCAUACCCCCUCCCCUAACCCCCCCACCCCACCCCUGUAAUUUAUUUUCAGGAAUAACUUGCAUGGUUUUCUACACAGCAACAAACAGCAAUAAUGUAUGUAAAAUCAUAAUAAGUCCAGAA